AUGAUCAACGUAUUCAACUCUCCAAUUGAGGCGUCAAGUAUCGAUGAAUUCGCCGAAGGGCGAUCGGAUCAGCAACAAGUGUUCGAGAAGCGCAAGCGUCGUCCUAAGGUCGAGUAUACAUCUGAUGGACGCAAGGUCAUCGACGGAGUGAUGGAAGAUGAGCAGACACCGAAUGCGUUAUGGACGACGACGAUCUCGCGAGGUGUCGCCAAUGAUUGGAGAGCAAAAGCUGAAGGUGGACCGUUCUACAGGGCAAAACGAUACGUAUCGAUCGUUACGUACGAUGUGAAAGUGUUUGCGCAGAAUACGAUGCGUAGGUACGGUACACCGAUUCUGUUGCUGCUCAACCUUUUCCUUGCCUACACCAUCUGUCGACUUUUUAAAAUCUUAUGA